AUGGAGUUUAACUUGCACGAAAGUUUGAAUAGUACACUACGAGCGGACUCUUAUAGCGAUGCCACUGAACAUGAUGACUUAAAACUUGGCAUUCUGAAGAUAUGCUUAUUUAGUACAUUUUUUGUCUUGGGAUUAAUUGGCAAUUCAUUGGUACUAAUCGGCAUAGGACUUAACAAGGGCAUGCAAACACCAACAAAUCUAUUAAUAUUUAAUUUAGCACUUGCUGAUGUAUUGUUCAUUAUUGUUUGUAUUCCGACGACCCUAUUCAGCUUUUUCGGUCGUUGGCCAUUUGCUGAAUUCGGUUGUAAAUUAGCACAAUUCAUCAAUCAUUUAUCUGCUUUUAUGAGUAUCUAUUUGCUUGUAUUCAUGUCAGUUGAUCGUUACCUUGCUGUCGUUCAUGCAAUUGAUUCGAUUGGAAAUUAUCGAACGACGAGAAACACAACAAUUUGGAUUAUAGCUUUAUGGUUGAUUGGCGUUAGUCUAUCGAUGAUUAUUGGUUCAUUAUUUACGGUGAUUCGAUUUGGUGGAAAUGGAUCACCGGUAUCGAUGUAUUGCCUGCUACAUUAUUUGCAACCAUCUGCUGAACCCACGGAAACUUUCCCAUUGAAUUUGACCUAUAUUCCGAUGCGCAAUUCCUCGACGACAUUUCUUAUCAACUACAACCAUACAGAUGUAACACCUUUAAGGUCACCUCCACACGUCCUACCUAUUGAAGCCAGCUUUUAUUGGCUUGGUUUUGUGGUGUUUUUGUAUGCCCUUCCAUUGACAAUCAUUGUGAUUCUCUAUGGACUCAUGCUGAAGUUCUUACGUGGAGCGCGAGGUCAAUCUGUCGGCAAAAGUAAACGACGUGCGACACGAAUGAUCUUAGCCGUAGUUUUAACAUAUGCCUUUUGCUGGUUUUUAAUGCAAUUAUCUUUUAUUUCAAAUGUUAUUCUUUCGCAGAAUACUAGUCAUGACUUUGAAACUUACAUGGAUAUAUUGACAACAUUUGCAAACGUUUUUGCCUAUCUGAAUUCCUGUACAAAUCCGAUUCUAUAUGGUUUUAUGUCAAAGAACUUCCGUUCAUCAUUUAUCGAUCUACUCUGUUGCCGUUAUUCAAAACGACGCCGCUGUCGACUCAACGAUAGUCUACGCAAUCGACGUCCAACAGGAAAUAUCACGAAUAUUUCAAAUGCCAAAUUUCAACAGGGUGACUACAUGAUUAGAUCAUCAGUUUCACACUAUUCACAAAUGCAUCAAACAACUGGAAUGUCAACUGCCGGCGGCGACGGUGCGUUUUCGUCAUCGUCACGCUUAACCACAGAACUACUACCAAAAUCGGAGCAACAAGAAUCUAUUACUGAACAAAACUCAUCAAUAGACAACAGUAGUUCUUGUCAUAUUACAGUGGGUACACAAUCUAGUAUUAAGAUUGAUAAACCACAUCGACGACUCAAGCAUAGUGAAAGAUCACCAGUCGUAGCAUACUCUUCAUUACCGACUCAAGCAAUGCUUCAAAAGACUAACAUGUUAUAUGCGUAG